AUGGGAGUACGGGCAAACUUCAGUUUCUCAUCCGAUUCUGGUGCCGGUGGCAGACGUCCCUAUGACAUCACCAGCAGACAGGGUCUCACAAACUUAUACAACUCUGGUGUGAGUUCCGUAGAACACGUGAAAAGGCCCCUUGGGGGAUCAGGAGGGGCGAUAGGCAUUCAGCACUCUGGUGUCGUGGUAACUACUAACAGUGGAGACCGCUGGCUUGUGCACAAGGGCUCAGGAUACGGAGACUCAAGUAAUUAACGUUACUUCAUAAUUCAUAAUACUUGUCCCUUUUUGCUUUCCUUAGUAAAGUUACAUUGACACAAAUGAAUCUAUAAAAAGAUCCCGAUUGUUUUUCUGUGAGAAAAUAAUUAUUGUUUCUUUUCUUCUACUUGUUGUCUCUAGGCCAGACAGUAGUCACAAAUGCCAAGCACAUGAGUGGAGCCUGGACAUCAGCAGGUGCUCAGCCUACGCGGCCUGGGACUAGAGUAGCAGAUUACGUCAAAGCUGGCGGGUCUAAUUACAACAUGGCCUUUGACAACUGUCAUCACGGAUCGCAAAGAAUGAUGGAUGUUGGAAAGGGAAAGCGUUAA